CGAGAAGAGGAGAGACGCGCGAUCCAUUUCGACUCCUCCCCGACGCAGAUUUGCAUUUCCCCCUGACAAAUACCCUAUUUUAUUUUUACGACCAUAAUGAUGUCUUACGGGUUAUUGGAUCAACCAGAUGAAGAUGGUCUCCACAAGUCGCGCCUCUUGAACGUCGAAGAAAAGCCUUUCAAGCGGAUUUCAAAACGCCUCCUCAACAAUGACUCCAUCGUAGUGUCCAACGCAACGCUCCCUCCCACUCCUCCACCAGAUGGUGCAGACGACGAUGCGACAGCAGCUGCAGAGGCGGAGAAACAGAAACGGCUCGAGGAAUGGCGCCAUUUCCGUGAAGAUGUUGCUUUGGAUUUUGCCGCCUUCGAAGGCAGCAUCGCGCGCAUCCAGUUCCUUUUGACAAGUAAUGAGAAGGAGCGCGAGCGCUAUGCGACCGAGAAGCUUCGAAUCCUUGAUACAAUGCAAUCGGUGCGUGACAAUACAGCAGAGCUGCGGGUACAGCUCGAGGAAGCCCAGCGUCUACUAGCAUUGCGCAAAAGCUACGAUGAAUUGGCAGAGAAGAUUACUAGCAACCGACUCUUGAAGCCGCGCGAAGAUCAACAAGCCAAUUUACAAAAGCUACAGGCGGAAAUCACUGAGCUGGAGAAAGAGAGUAAAGACUACGCACACACCUGGUCUGAACGGCGAGAACAGUUCGGUCGCAUUGUUGAAGAAGGGAUGCAACUCCGUCGGCUCAUCCGUGACGAGAAGGAGGAGGUCGAGCGCAGAGAAGGCAUGCAGGAGGAAGAAGAUGGAGAUGACGGGGAUGUUCCCUCCAAGGGGAAAUCCAGUGGAGCUAAUACCCCUCGUCACGAGUCAGACAGUCUGACUCCUUCUCAACAUGGCCAUGAUGAUCUUGGGCGAUCACCAGCAGGCUUGCAAGUGGAAAAGACGGGUACUGCCGGUGCGGUGUCACCUUUGCGACAAAUGACUGCGGUGGACGACGAGAAUAAGAUUACCCCCGAUCAGGACACCUCAAUGGAAGAUGAGGGUGAGGUCCCCGAAGAGCUAGAAGAAGGGGAGGAAGUCCAGGAUGACCGUGCAGACAAAAUGGACACUACUUGAUUAUCGGAGAAUUUUCUCUACCACACAUUGAGCAAGGAGUUCGGUUGGUGGCGUUCGCAUUAGGCUAACUAUCACAAUGCAACAAUGGCUUUGCUUUUCUCAGGGGCAAUUUAUUGAAUAAUUUUC